AUGGCGACUAUCAGUUCUUCUCCUUCUUCAACUCGGAGUAGUACUGCGUGCCUCUGCUCGCCGACGAACAACCCAUGGUCGUUCCGUUGCAGCCUCCACAAGAACCAGCCGAAUCGAAACGAAUCGGCGGUUGCCAGCUCUUCGUCUUCUCUGGCCAAUUCCUUCAGGACUCGAACUACUACUGCGUGCCUCUGCUCGCCGGCGAACAACCCACGGUCGCUCCUUUGCAGCCUCCACAAGAACCAGUACCCGAACCCCAGCAGGGAAGUACUGGCGGCGUCUCCAGUGAAGGCGAAGGCGUUCACGACGAGGGCCUUCCUGCGGCGGAUGAUCAAGCCGCCCCGUCAAGACGAGAAGCGGCGGGUCAAUUUCCGGCCCACGCCGUCGAGGUUCUUCACGAUGCACGCCAGCAGCAGCGGCAGCGUAGCGGUUUCGUAA